UUCGUUUUGUUAAGUUUGUGCUGUGUUCUGAAGUGACAUGAAAAAUGUUCAUUACUAUCCUGUCGCUUACUUAAAAUGUUAUAAUGGCAAAAGUGAAACAAGAUAAUUGAAUUUAGUGCUAUUUUUUCGGUUACACUUGAUUAUUUUGAAAAGUGCUCGUUUAGAAACUUUUUUUUUAGUGUCGGAUGAAACGGAAAAUCUUCUGAAUACGUUUCUUUUUCCGUCCACGCGCUACGAUUGGAGCGCUCCGGGUUUUAGAUACUACUGGUGGAUACUUGCUGACAUGGCGUCUUGAAGCAACGUGAAGUUUUUCGAUCCUCGCAAGGAUUUUUUACCCUCGUCCAUGCAAGGGGUGCUAAAAUGCACAGGGAUUCUAAUGAUGAGUGGAAUUACUGUUAACGGCUUUCGACGUUGAUGAUGACGUCGGCGCUUUCAUCGCAGAGGUUUUGUCUACGGUGGAACAACCACCAGUCCAAUCUCCUAACAGUUUUCGACCAGUUGCUGCACGAUGAGUCCUUCGUGGAUGUCACCCUCGCCGUGGAGGGCCGACUCCUCAAGGCCCACAAGAUGGUGCUGUCGGCGUGCAGCCCAUACUUCCAGGCCCUGUUCGUGGGCCACCCCGACAAGCACCCCAUAGUGAUCCUGAAGGACGUGCCGUACUGCGACAUGAAGAGCCUGCUCGACUUCAUGUACCGGGGGGAGGUGAGCGUCGACCAGGAGCGGCUCACCGCGUUCCUCAAGGUGGCCGAGUCGCUCAGGAUAAAGGGACUGACGGAGGUGAACGAAGAGAAGUACGACCUCCCCUCGAUAGCCUCGUCCCUCCUUUCCGCCGUGCCUCCACCGGUGGUGACCACGCACACGCCCCCGCCCCCUCCCCACCUGCACCGCAUACACCCCAUCCCCUCGCACAGGCGCAACCUCCCCAUGCCCUCUGCGACCCCGCUCCUGGGCUCUGCCCUCACCGCGCCCAAGAGGAAGCGGGGCCGGCCUCGCAAGCUGUCGGGCAGCAGUGGCGGGGCGGCGGGGGCCCAGCCCCCGGCCGCGGCGACGGCGACGGCGACGGCUGCACCUGCGCCCGUGGAUGGCACGCCCACCCAGAAGGUCUCGGGGAACGGGGAUGCGGAGGGCUCUGCGCGGACGCCCAAGGUGCCGGACCCCGUCGUGACCCAGGGCUCGCCGGAGAUGCUGGAAGUCAGGAUGUCCGUAGAUUUCCAACAGUCGGGAGCCUCGGGUGGACGCCCUCCGGACGGAGAGAUCGGAAACGACACAGCGGCAUUGGCAACGGAACCGUCCUCUGACCAGGCAGACACUCAACAGAAGGAAUGUUCACAACCUCCGGCAAAGAAAAUCAAAGAUGAGCUGGAGCCGACACCGGGACCGUCUUCACAAGACCCGGGCGAAGGUUUCGGCAGACAAAGUGGGACGACAGAUUCAGAACAGUUUUCUCAAGUGAAGUCGGAAGAGCAGCAGAGCGAGUACGACUCGUCGCUCCCGGAGGACGAGAACGAGCUGAUAACGUUAUCUCCGUCGUCGAGCACGGCCGACGUGCGCAGCGGCGAGGAGCCGGCGUCGGACGCGGAGGCCCCGGUGCGGGAAGGAGCGCGGAAUGGCGUCGGGGAAAGGGGCCCGUCCGGGAGGAACCGCGUGGUCGCGAUGAGGAACGAGAAGCAGAACUCGUGGGACGCCGGCCGGCUGCUGGCGGCGGGGGGCUUCGGGCUGGUGGCGGAGGAGCUGCUCCAGUCGGGGCUCGACUCGGUGCUGUCUGACGAGGAGCCGGGCUCGCCCUCCGACAAGUCGGUGCGGCAGUUCUGCACCCGCGAGGCCGACAACGUGUUCCGCUGCAAGAUCUGCAGCAAGACCUACACGCACAUCAGCAACUUCUGCCGCCACUACCUGACGACGCACGGGCCCGUGAGGCAGGUGUUCGCCUGCCCGCUGUGCGGCAAGGAGUUCACGCGGCGCGACAACAUGAUGACCCACUUGAAGGCGCUGCACUAGGUCGCGCCAGGCUCGCAGGCACCGUGAACGCUCCCCUUGUUCCUUCCCUGCGGACCCCUGGAACAGUCUGAGUACCCCCUCUCUCCGAUUAAAUUGGUGGAACUAGACGUAAUAUCUAGAUACUAAUAACUGAUCCUAGAGAUUACAUCCAGACCUACAACCAUCUGUGAUAAACAGCCCAAAAUUUACUUAAGAAAUUUUAUUCCAUUGCAUCUUUUACCCUUGACAUGGGGAGGGGGGGAUGGUUUUGUCACAUGCCUUUGUGCUCACUCUGGAUUCGCCUCUGCUUAUGACUAAUUUUUAUCAAACAUGCACAAAAUUCGACCUGACACAUGUUCUGAAUUAAAAGUUAGUACAAUCAUUGUAAUGUCUUCUUGGCCAUAAGAAAAGCAAUUCGAAAGUUUUCAGAUCUUCUGGAAAUUUACUGUAGACUAUUAAACCCAGAAGGCUGCUUUUUUUUGGUUCAGCCUAGAGAUUGUGAUUAGAUUUGUCGGUUUACCAGUUAUAUACAGCAGUUUAGGGAAAAAAUAUUUCUGAAAUAUGUUAAUAUAGAACUAGGAAUUGGUGCUUAAUAUUUAAUUUUUUUAUCCCAUUCGUAGGCUUUUCUGAAUUACCAAAAUUGUACUAUUGAAUUUAGAUUAUUUUGUCCUGACAUCACAUUUUACAUGGUAUAUAGACUCAGAACACUGCUUUAUUCUUUGUUGAAAAGUUUUACUGUAUUAAUAUUUUUCGAACUUUUGAUCCCAAAAAUUAUAGUUUGUAUAUUUUUCCCUGCCAUUUAGGUAUUAUUUUGACUUGAAAAAUAACACUGAAUCAGAGCUUUAUUGCCAUCUGAGACACUGACAAAUGAGUAAUGCAGGAGGAGUAAGAAAAAAAUAGUAGAACGUAACCAAAUAAACAUUUUAUUAAAAAUUGGGAACAUAUUUGGCUGUCAAAUUAUGAAUAUGGAUAAAUCUACAUUCAUUUCUUGCCAUGCCUGAGUGGUAUUCAGCCGUGCAUUAGUUCAGAAAUUGUUACACUUACGUUUUUACAGUGGAGCAUACUCAUUGGUGAAUAAAGUGUGUCCACUUGUCUGAACUCUUGUAGCAGAUAUGAAAAAUUAGGACCAGCUACGAGUUUGACUUGUUUCACAGCCAGUAGGUGUCAUUUGACCACAUUGUGCAGCACCAGCUAUGCAAAAUCAAGGAGUCUUGCUUCUACUAAAGUUGUCCGUGGUUAUAAACCUUGGAAUCGUGUGGUGACUUCGCCCCGAGGCAUGGAUGCUAAAGCUUGUUCCGGCCCCGAAACUCGAGAGAGAGAGUGUACGACCAAGUCAUACAAGUGUUUCCAUGGUAAAAAAAAAUCGGGAAUUCAUAAAAUUAUUUUUGAAAGUCUAAGCUGAAGAAAGGGCCUUCAAUCUGGAAUUUAUCUCGUAAAUAGUAUUCUAGUCUGGAAGGAAUUUUGCUUGAAAAUGUAGUGUUAAUGAGGAUAGAACCAUCCAGGAUGAUCCUGCAUCAGGUAGUUGUCUGUGGGAGAAACUUCAGAGCAGAUUACAUAAGUGGUAUCGUACCUUGUUUUGAUAUCGUACCUUGGGCAUUAAGAUGAUUAAGUAAUAAAACUAUGAACUCUGAACUCGUGAACUAACCAUGCUUGAAAAUUUUAGUUACCUUAGUAAUAUUUAAUUUUCAAUUUAAUAUUUGUAUUUAUAAUUGUUGAUGAUUCGGUCCAGUUAAAAUGUGAACAAAUGUUCCUUUUUCAUGUCAGGAAUUUUGAUAAGUUUUUUUUUUGUUUAGUGUGCAAAAUUAGAUGUUUUACUUAGUUUUUCUACAGUUUGUUUGCUCGCUGAAUAUCCUACAAAAGGUUACAAGCCUUCUUAACCUUUUAUGUCUAUGGAACUUAAUUUCUGAAAACUUCUGGGGGUUAAAUAAUUUGUGGUUAAAAAAAACAUGUUUAAAAUUUGGCCUGCUUGAAAGAUUCUGACCUAUCUUUGUGUUCUCCCCUUGAAAGCCAGCCUCUCUGCCGUUCACUUUGCCUGUCUUGAGCCGCGCUUGGCACGGACCGUGUUCUGACUGGACCGUGUUUGCCGUGUUUGUUUUGAGUGACAUUUGUUGAGUCUAGAGAAGUAGUGCAUAAUUUUUGAGUAUGUUUGUUGAAUGGUAGUCAUUGGGGUUGAAUAUUUUUGUAGUCACAUAUUGACAGAAAGUAAAAAAAAAAAAAAACCUAUAUACUAUCUUGGAGAAAACCGUGAAACCCUUAUUUUGUGUGUAUUUUCUUAAACUGUUGAAUUUUUGAGGGUUAACAGUGAAUGAAAAUUGUUAGAUAUAACAUAAUUACAUAGCUUUGUUUGCUGGUUUAGAAAUCCCAGCAUUUUAUGGAAUUUUUUUGUAAUGGCUUAUGUUCAAAAAAUUUCAGUUAUUUAAUUCUACACUUAACCAGUCUAUUUUAAAGAUGAUGUUGCAUUGAAGAAAUAUUUAAAACUUCACUGUUAAGUUUUAAGGAAAUUGCCCAGAAUUAAGCAAAAUGUUUGAUCAGGUGUUGUAUAAUAAGGGUUCUAUUGUUUUAUGUUUAUUUGAGGGGUAGCUUUAAAAAUAUAUUAUAUUUAUAUGUUAAUAAAAUGUUGCUUUGAUUCUGGUGGCACCAUGGUUGCUGUUGGAGCUUUGGGCUCUAAAUACCUGAGGCAUUUUAAGGCAGCGUUGUUUGUUUUUUGUUGUUGAAGAAUUUAUAUUUUAACUUGCGAGAUGUGUUGAAAUGUUCCUUAAACAAUUUUGUGUGUGGUGCUAGUGAGAUUUGCUAAAAAAAGUUUUUUGUUAUAUUUACAUGUCAGUGCAUUUCUUCUAUGGCUUUCCAAAUUAUUUUUGGAGUGGUUUUCGAAGUAGUUGAAUUUCUUUCUUCUUGUAACAACACACUUUCACAUGUGUGAUGGGUGAGAACGAAUUUUUUGGCAUCAUGCAUGAAUUAAGUGGUUAGUCUUCAGACAGUGAUCCAAAUAGCCUACGUAUUCAUAGUCAAACUAUUGGGCUUAGCAGUGACACCAGAGAGUUAUAUAUGACAGUAUGUGGUGGUGUGCUGCAUUUGUAGGUCGUCUGUGCAUUAUCUGUAUUCCACAUUGCUGAAUGAUUAAAUUACUGUUCAUUGCUGCUUUGAGCAUGCUUAAUGAGGCCAGUGUGAUUAGAGCACAAGUGAAGUAUUUUCGCUGAAAUCAAAGAACUAACAAGUUCAUGUUCCUUAAAAAAAUUAAUCAUGACGGUGCAUGCGUAGGUAUAUGGAUCUGCAGUGAAGUCUCAUUCAUAGCAAUCCUGUUAAUAUAAAACUCUCAUUAAUACAAAGUGUUUUCACAGUCCCUAGAAAUUACAUAGGAGUUAUUGUGCUAAGUAAUUUGUUUAAUACAAAAGUAUGGUAUUUUUGUUCCAAGGAUGGUUAAUACCUAUAUCCCUGAAUAAUGUAAAGAAACAACGUGAAUUCUCAUCCAAAAAAAUAGGUACUGAUAUCAUUACUUUGUUUCAUUUUAGGUUGGGGGAAAGAGCUGGGAAAUUUUAUUCUUCCACAUUUGUGGGUAAUAAUCUAUUCCUUUGCUUUAUUCUUCUGUCUUAAAUCCCUUUAAAUGUGAUACAGGAGAAAAUAUUUUUUCGAUGCAUGGGUGUAGUCAUCCUAAAAUUGUAUUUAACAAUCUUUUAAAAAAAAGUAAAUUUGGUGCAGUAUAAAAUUGUGUGAAAGUUUUAAGUUUAUUUGAAUUAGAUAUAAAAAUUAUAUAAAAUUUGUGAUAAAAUUUUUUAAUGGUUGGGGUAGUACUAAACCUUGUUAUUGCAAAGGGACAAAAUUACGGUCCCUUCAGGUUUGUAUUAAUGAGGUUUGACUGUAUUCCUUACGGAUUAAUGUGUUCGAAGGAAUUUGAGCGAAAGGGCUGGUUAUUUGACACACUGCCAUCGUUUCCUUAAGUCCAGUACACGUUUGGCAGUGAUCAGUAAAGAUACUUUAUUCUGGAAUAAUUUUAUGGUUUAUUAUUUAGGGUUUUCAUACAAAUGUAUGUUGCGUGUGGCAGCUUUUUUUUAAAAAUGGUUGCUUAUGUUGUUCACCGUAAAGGGCAGCUGUGUUGUGUAGGAUACGAGUGCACUCAAGUAUGCAUGUUGCAGGAGUUUCCACCUUCAAAAUAGUUGAGGAUUACAAUUGUGUCCAGGAGUUGAGUGGCAGUGUGGUAUCAAAAUGAAAUUUUUUUUUUUUUUAACUGGGAAAUGAUUGUUUUUGAUAGGACUGAUUCCUUUCCUCCCCAGACUAUGUUAUUCUGAACUUGCCGGGUCGACGGUCCAAUAGGGUCCGGCUUCCAUAAACACCAUGUCACUUCCUCGAAGCUCGUGAAUCCGUAAUUCAAAUUAACACAUUUUUGUCUGUGAUAUAAAAAAAAAACAAAGUUUGGAAAUUCGGGUACUAUAAAUGUUUUCAUUUUCCAUCUGAGAGUUAUUUUUCCAUCCUGUAAAGCCACGUCUGUGUCUUUAGUCCAAAAGUAUAAAUUGUAACUGGGAUUGAAGUUGGAAUGUGAUUUGUCAGUGAAACCUCGAAGCGCUUGGGCCACCGGUGUGGCGUUGUGUAACUGCCAUGAGUUCAUACCGGCAAAAUCUUCACCAGUUACGAAGAAACAUUUGACUGGUUACGGUUAUUGCUUCAGUGGCAGAGUUCGGAACAACUACGACAUAGAACGUCCAGUGUUUAGUUCAGAAUGAGGAAACCAAACCGUGCUUCAUUUGUUGAAAGCCUUGCUACUUAGGCUACUAAAUAGAUUUGCAUUCAUGACUGGGUGUUUUUCGAACGUGUGUUUUGUUUUGUAAUGUGGACUGCAUUGUGGUCGAAUGUUGGCUUUUGACUCUUGAUUUGUCUUCAUGGAAUUGUUAUUGCACUGCAUCGCUGCUGUUGUUAUCUUUCUGGUUUGACAAAGUGAACUCUCUUUUAUCUGCCCAAAGUUCCUAGUUCAUGUUUGUACGGCUGCUAACACCCCAGUUUAGCCUCGCUGACUGGUGCCAUGACAAUGUCUUUGCUCGUGCGAUGCCUUGAACGUAAACACGAUGCCUUGGAAAUUCGAUGCCUUCACCAGUAAUAAAUGCCUUGAUUGUAAUGCUUUACUAACAUAAAGCCUUGAAUUAUACUUUUAUACCAUUUUUUAGUGCUAGUACAAUUUAUUGCCUAGAAUGAUAUUCCUAAGUUCUUAACAAUAUUACAAUGUUUUGAGAACAUUAAACGAUGCCUUGAAUUGUUUACUUGUCAACUUUAUAUGGAAUUUAUUACCUGUGUAGAAUAUAACUUUUCUUGUAUGUAUGU